AUGUAUCAUCCUAUUAUUGACGGUCUUGAUGUGUUUCGGAAGCAGCUUGCUGCAUAUCCCGGCGAGUUCAGCGAACGGGGUGAACUGGUGGAUGGCGGGGGCCGUGUCCUCCUCCCUUCCUCGUGUCUGGCGGAGAUAUCCACCAUGAAUGUCGCCUACCCGCUCCAGUUUUGCAUUCGCUCUCGGAAAGGUGUCUGCUACGCCGGAGUGUUGGAAUUCAAUGCUGACAACGGCAUAGUCAUCAUGCCAUUGUGGAUGUUCUCUGCGUUGUUGCUUCAGCCCGGCGACACCGUCACGCUUGAGACGUGUGUUCUACCACCGGGUAAACUUGUCAAGCUUCGCCCACAGCAGUCGAGCUUUAUUCAGCUCAGUGACCCCAGGAAGGUGCUGGAGAUGCAUCUUAGUCACUACCCUGUUCUCACAAGAGGCACCUCCAUUAUACUACGCUACCUUGAUCGUGAAUUCAUCAUUGAUGUGACUGAUAUUACAAACGAAGCGGACCGCAGCGUCGAGGCGAUUUCGACUGUUCGUGCGGAUGCGCAGGCAACUGAACUAAAAGUUGAGUUUGAGCGGCCGUUGGAUAUGCCAUUGACGCCGCCAGAGAGGGAGUUACCGGUUCCAGAAGGCACCAAUGUGAUUGGCUCGGCUGAGGGUGUGGAGUUUGCUCCCUUUGUGCUUAAGCCCCCAACAAUUGUGAAGAAGGAAACAAAAGGCGGCGAGGCAGAAAAACAAGAGGAGAAGGACCAAGCCAAACCCGGCUUUAUCCCAUUUAUGGGUGGUGGACGCCGUGUGAAUGACAAGCCUGUCGCACCCGUAGCAUCCGCAGGAGAAGAGCAGGGUGUGGGGAAAACGCCCGAUGAAAAGGCACGGGAGGCACGGGAACGGCGCUUCCAAGCCUUUGGCGGAGUUGGGCGCUCAUUGCGGUGA